AUGUUGAUCAGUACUGUCAAUGAGCCAACCAUGUUGAUCAGUACUGUCAAUGAGCCAACCACGUUGAUCAGUACUGUCAAUGAGACAACCAUGUUGAUCGGCACUGUUUAUAAGCCAACCAUGUUGAUCAGUACUGCCAGUAAGCCAACCAUGUUGAUAAGUGCUGUCAAUGAACCACCCAUGUUGAUCAGUAUUGUCAAAGAGCCAACCAUGUUGAUCAGUACUGUCAGUAAGCCAACUAUGUUGAUCAGUACUGUCAAAGAGCCAACCAUGUUGAUCAGUAUUGUCAAAGAGCCAACCAUGUUGAUCAGUACUGUAUAUAAGCCAACCAUGUUGAUCAGUACUAUCAAUUAG